GCCGAGGUUCGCUCCCCGCGCGUCCGAAAAGCAGGGCAACCCAGCCCUGCAACCCGGCUUUCCUCCCCUGUCCCGCCGGCCGCCCGGCCCCGCUCCGGCGCCCGUCGGCCCUACCCCGUCCCCAUGGCUUCUCCGGACGACCCCGUGCGCGUGGAUCAUUUGACAAAGGAGCCAGUGGAAGACACAGACCCUAGCACUAUAUCCCUUAAUAUGUCAGACAAAUAUCCCAUUCAAGACACGGGACUCCCUAAAGCAGAGGAGCGUGAUCCAAUUAGUCUGAACUGCCCAACAAAUUCUGAUGUGCAACACCAGGGAGAAGAGAAUGGCUUUCCAGACAGUACUGGAGAUCCCCUUUCAGAUAUAAGCAAGGACGCAUCCUGCGCAGAAAACUGUACCUGUUCCUCCUGCUUGCUCCUGGCCCCCACCAUCAGCGACUUGCUCAAUGACCAGGACUUACUAGACGUGAUCAGGAUAAAGCUGGAUCCCUGUCACCCAACAGUCAAAAACUGGAGAAAUUUCGCAAGCAAGUGGGGCAUGCCCUACGAUGAACUGUGUUUCCUGGAGCAGCGGCCCCAGAGCCCCACCUUGGAGUUCUUACUCCGGAACAGUCAGAGGACAGUGGGCCAGCUGAUGGAGCUCUGCCGGCUCUACCACAGGGCCGAUGUGGAGAAGGUUCUGCGCAGGUGGGUGGACGAAGAAUGGCCCAGGAGGGGGCGUGGAGAGCACCCCAGGAACUUCUAGACCUCGGCUCCUUCUUUUUUUAUUUUUAUUUUUUGCCGUACGCGGGCCUCUCACUGUUGUGGCCUCUCCCGUUGCGGAGCACAGGCUCCAGACGCGCAGGCUCAGCGGCCAUGGCUCACGGGCCCAGCCGCUCCCCGGCACAUGGGAUCUUCCCGGACCGGGGCACGAACCCGCGUCCCCUGCAUCGGCAGGCGGACUCUCAACCACUGCGCCACCAGGGAAGCCCUGGGCUCCUUCUCAUCGGCCUCUUCGGACAUAGAGAUGAGCACAGGUUAAGGAGCAAUGUGAAUCUGUUCUUUUUUAAGUUUAGGCGAAGGACGUGGGACAGUGGAUCUUGGUUUUCCCCAAAGCUGGUGGUUUUGUGGAGGGUAGGGUAUGUUUUUGGUGGUGGAUUUUCCUUUAGUUUUGCACAUCUGUUUUUAUUUAAUAUUUGAAUCUGGAAUUGGGAAAAAUAUGUUGUAGGCUCCUAUAGGGACCAGGGCCAAAGCGACAGAGUGGAUUCGUGCCAUGAUGAAAAUAAAAGUAUCCUCUCCCUUAAAAACUGAAGACUGGGCUUCCCUGGUGGCGCAGU